UUUCAGGAUAGCUAAUCAAUGAUUGCUUAUUUUCGCCACUUUCCGCUUUCUGGAAAACCCCAAUUUCCUCAACAACAUGGCAGAUACAGAGACGAAGCCUGGUGAUGAGCAAUGCGCGCCGAUUGCCCCGGUCGCAAUCUUCAAGAAGCGCGGCGCAAAGGGCAAGGCCAACAUCCGAAAACGACCUGUGACGCCGCCACCAGCCGCCGACAGCGACGAUUCUGAUUUCUCCUCCUCAGAAGACGAGACCGGCCAAAGGAUCAAGCGCAGGAAACGCAAUCAUGGCGCAGUAGCUGCCUCUUCAAAAGACGCCUCCGCCACCGGCAAGGACAGCGACGACCUCACCGCGACCGUCUUUGAAGCCGACCGGAACCGGGCGCUCGAUACUGGCAAGCACGAAGCAACGAAGCAGAGCAACUGGUACGAUGAAGAUGCCAACGAUGACCUCUCGGCCCGCAACCUCCUCGGAACGACCCGCGCGAUGAAGAGCAACAGCAACAAGAACAACACCACGUCUUCGGAGCACCAGCCAGACGGCACCUACAGAGGCCUGGCCAACCAGACCAGCUACAUCCAGCGCAACCCCAACGCGCCGCAGCGGACGGUGGGGCCGGUCAAGGCUCCGACCAACAUCCGGACCAUCACCAUCACCGACAUGGCGCCGGACGUGUGCAAGGACUACAAGACGACCGGCUUCUGCGGCUUCGGCGACAGCUGCAAGUUCCUCCACGCCCGCGAGGACUACGCGUACGGGUGGCAGCUCGACAAGGAGUGGGAGAACGUCACCAAGGGCAAGAAGGUCCUCGGCGGGACGAUCGUGGCCAGCGCGGACCGCAAGAUCGCCGGCGGCAGCAAAGGCGGCGGCAAAGGCGGCGGCGAAGACGACGACGACAAUGCGGAUCUGGCCGAGGCGGCCAUGCUGGACAACAUACCCUUCGCGUGCAUCAUCUGCCGGGGCCCGUACAAGUCGCCCGUGGUGACGCGGUGCGGGCACUACUUCUGCGAGGGGUGCGCGCUCAGGCGGUACCGGCGGGAUCCGAGCUGCGCGGCGUGCGGGGCGGGCACGAACGGGGUGUUCAACGCGGCCAAGAAGCUGCAGAAACUACUGGACAAGAAGAGGGAGCGGGCGGCGAAGAGGAGGCAGGAGGCGAUAGAGGCCGGGGAAGAAGUCAGCGAGGAGGAGGAAGAGGGGGUGGAAGGGAAUCAAGACGGAGGCGGGGAUUGAGAGCAGUCGAAAUGCAUGUCUUGUUAUUAUGAAGAUGACUUCAAUCUGUGAAUGAAUUCCCGGCGUCUUGUUCCGCGCCUGUCAUUGCAUCCUUCUUGCCUGCUACUGUGCGCCUAGGACUCCGUUUGC